AUGAAGAUAUGCUCAUAUCUCGAUCCGCACUCGCUCGGCGUCGCCGCAGCCGUCUGCCGGUCUUGGGCAUCGGUAGCCCGCGACGACGCCACCUGGCGGGCCGCGUUCGCCACUCACUUCAACCUUGAAGCGGUUGGGUUGCACUCGAACUCCGCUGUCAUCGCCACAAGCUCUCAGGCCGUGCCGUCUCUCCGUCGCCUUACGAAUGCUUCUUGGCGCAGCGAGUUUCAGCGGCGUUCGGAGCUCUUGAGGCGUUGGCGCAAGUCUCGAGCCCCGACCGUGCUAUCGACGCCGCGAGUGGACAUCAUCCACCAAAUCUCGGUGUCCAAGCAGCACACCUUCAUGCUUUCGGCCUCGCAGGUGUACGGUGUCGCAUCGCGAUCCAACCCUUUCACUGGAAAGGUGACGAAAGGAUACCUCGAUGCCGAGGGCACCGCAAACGGAGCCGGCAACGGCAAUCCGAACAUCGAGUUCAGCCCCAAUGUGACCGCCCUGGCCAUGGGCGCAGAUGCCAGCAGCGUGGCAUGGGGUUUCCGCUCUGGCGAGGUAGGCCUCACCACCCUGACCCGCCAGGGCAUCAACCCGCGAGGCGCCAUCCGGAGUCACCAAUUCUCUCCGCGUGGCAGCCACGCCGGGCCGGUCUCGGCGGUCGCCGUACCCUUUGCCAGUAGCCGAGACGGUGUCCACGGUCCUGGAAGGAGCCCCGAGAGGCUCCGUCAGCAGCUCGGCGCCAUGGGCGACGUCGCCACCACCUUUGUCACCGCCGGCCACGACGGCACCGUCCGGCUGUGGAGCUCUUUACGGCCCUUGCCAAUCUGGGUAGCCUCAACAGCUUCCCGCACGGCGCCUCCCAACGCUGGGCAGACGGUCGACGUCUCUGCUGCGCCCGGCACCGCGGCCGCAGUCCCUAUCUCUGCUCUGGACUACGACGCACGCGCCGGCAUCAUCGUUGCCGGCAACGCGAGCGGCAAGGUCGUUGCUUGGCACGGCCUGGACAUCGCAGGCCUGCUUGCUAUCCGCGCCGACGCCAGCGACCCUGCGCAGCUCUCCGAAGCAGACGUGGACGAAGACCUGCUCGAGGCGCAGCGGCGGAUCGUCGAACUCGUCGGCGCUGUGCGGAGCGUCACAAUCCAUCUGGCAGCAGGUUCCGGUGCAGAGACAUCGCUCGACUUUGUCCGGAUCGACGCCGACCACCACGGCUCUGCAGAUGCUCAGAGGACGCCAAAGCCCUUCUCGAUCCUGGCGCACCAUUCGGGCGCACGAUGUCUCCUUCGGCAUCGCGUCGGCCACUCCGAGGUCGACGAAGAUGCCGCCGCUGGCAGCAUCGAUCGGCCCGAGGUUAUGACCACGAUUCUGGGUGCUCCGGUGCUGAGCGAGAUCACCGCCAUCAAGCCAGACUUUGAACCCCGGUCCCCGCUCGAUCGCAAGGCGUCGGUCGCUCCCAGUCCGCGGGUAUCCACCGCUGCGUCGCCGAUGCUGACGCCGUCGCGCAGCGAUUCCAGCGCCAACGUGCCGCGCCUCAACAUCGGCCCUUCGCCCUUUGACGUCUUUGGCGCCGGGCAGUACCCGGAGAAGAAGUACGUGUGCGUGGGCACCAAGGCCGGCACCGUCCACGUUUUCGACUGGGAGUCCGAGGGCGCAGACUUCGACGCGGUGGCCCAGGAAGAGUGGCAAGGGCUGCGACCCGCCCGCUUCACGGGUAGCAGGCAGCUUUCGCCCGCGCUGAGCAUCGAAGCCCAUCACACCACCAUCACGUCGCUCGAAGUGACCUCGCUGCAUCUGAUCGCCGGCACGUCGGACGGCACGAUCAAGGCGUUUUGCGCCCUCUCGGGCGAUUUGAUCCGCACCAUCAACGACCGCACCGCGACUCGACACCCGGCCCGCAUGCUGGCCGCCGGCGAGCUGACCGACGACGAAGCGGCACGUUUCCGGGUGCAGCAGAUCGUCGCCGACCACGAUACGCUGAUCGCCGCCAUCGGGCACCAGGUCCUUGCCUUCCGUGCUGAGCCGCUGCAGCGUGCAAAGGACAAGAGGAUGGCGGCUGCUGCGGCCAAGAAGACGGCCAGGUCAUCGAGCCGCACGGCCGACUCCAAGUUCCAGAUGCAGGUCGACAUGCGGCGAGAUCUCCGCGAGAGCCAGGCGCAGCUACAGGCUGAGCGCGAGGAGCGACAGGCGCGGCACAGUCGGCGCAGGGACACCGUCACCGACCAUGGUCUAGGCGACAUGACCGAGCAGGAGGCGUUCGAGUACGCCAUGAUGCUCAGCAAGGACGAGGAGGAGGCCAAGGCCAGAGCGGCGAGCCAGCUCGUCGCCCCUGCCUCUUCGGCCCGAGCUGGUCCCAGCACACAGGCGUCGUCGAGCAAGGCGCCGAUGCGGAGCCCGGGUCUGGCCCCGGCCGACGAUCCGGAGCUGGCCGAUGCCCUCGAGCAGAUCGCCCUGGCGGAGAGCCGGCAGCAGAGCGGCGCGCCUUCUCGUUGCUCUUCGGACCGCUCUUGGUCGCUCGACGACCGCUUCGCGCCCGAUGACCUCGACAUGGACGACGAAGACUCCGUCGCCGCCGAUGCCGACGCCCACGGCGCCGAAGGCUACUACCUCCGCGCCUCUGCAUCGCCAUCACCGUCUCCGCACGCCUCUCCGCACCUGGCCGGGAUUGGAUCUCCCUCGCGCGCCUGGACGAUCCUGGGCCAGGCCGGGCCGUCGACGCGCUCAAACGCGCUGGAUCGGUCGCAUCCGGAGUCCAAGAUCCGCACCAUCAACGUCCCGCGCCCCGCGCGUAUCGCUGGCACGUCGUUGUCGCCCACCAGCUCGGCCAUGGCGAUGCGGGGCGGCCAACCCGAAGACUGGCCGACCAUGUCUCCGCCCCUCAACUCGGCCCACUCCCCCCUGAGCCAGAGGUACGGACAGAGUCUGAGCUCGGCCGCCUCGUCGUUCCGUGGCGCUUCGCCGUCAAACACACCUUCCAAGUUUGGCGGACCUUGGAACCUGGCUGCUGCAUCUUCACCUUCGUCCGAGGUCAAUGCCGAAGCUGGCGGUGAGACAUCUUCGAAGCCGGCCAAGAAGAUGCACAACCUCGGCGCCUGGGCCAGCGGUAGCCCCAGUCUGGGGCCGCGACAUCGGCCCCAACCGCCAACAGAGAGUCUGCUCGCCGCCCAACUCGGUCGUCGUGGCACAAGCCCAGCCCCGACCUCCUCGUGCGAGUUUGCAGAAGGACAGCGCGCUGGUAGCGGGGCACGUGGAGGCACCCCUUUGGCAGACGCAGCAGGCGGCGACGACAUGGACGACGACCUUCGAUUCGCCAUCGAGCUCUCGCUCGCCGAGGAACGCAGCAGGCUGGAACGUGAGGCCGCAUCUCGUUCGUGA